AAACGGAACCGACACAACGUUGAAACAACGUGGGUUGCAGACGCCCGACGCUGCAGCGUGUCAAGAGGAAUGGCACUGAAUAAAUCCAUGCAUCCUCGAAAUCGUUACAAGGACAAGCCACCAGACUUUACCUACCUUGCCUCCAAAUAUCCAGACUUUCAGAAGCAUGUGCAGACCAGUUUGGUCGGCCGGGCGACGGUGAACUUCAAAGACCCCGAGGCGGUGCGCGCCCUGACAUGCACCCUGCUGAAGGAGGACUUUGGCCUGACCAUCGACGUCCCACUGGAGCGCCUCAUCCCCACCGUCCCGCUGCGCCUCAACUACAUCCACUGGGUGGAGGACCUGACAGGGGGCCAGGGCAGCCCACGCAGUGGCAUCGACAUCGGCACGGGCGCUUCCUGUAUCUACCCCCUGCUGGGAGCUUCUAUGAAUGGCUGGUACUUUCUAGCCACAGAAGUGGAUGACAUCUGCUACAAUUACGCCAAGAAGAAUGUUGAGCAAAACAACAUGGCGGACCUCAUUAAAGUGGUGAAGGUACCCCAGAAGACCCUGCUGAUGGACGCAUUAAGAGAGGAGUCUAUAGUUUACGACUUCUGCAUGUGUAACCCUCCAUUCUUCGCUAACCAGUUAGAGGCCAAGGGGGUGAACUCGAGGAACUCUCGCCGCCCUCCGCCCAGCUCUGUCAACACGGGCGGAGCGACGGAGAUCAUGGCAGAGGGCGGAGAGCUGGAGUUUGUGAAAAGGAUCAUCCAUGACAGUCUGCAGCUCAAGAGGAGGCUUAGGUGGUACAGCUGCAUGCUGGGGAAGAAGUGCAGCCUGGCGCCUUUGAAGGAGGAGCUGAGAAAACAAGGGGUCCCCAAAGUCACUCACACGGAGUUCUGCCAGGGCCGUACCAUGCGCUGGGCGCUGGCGUGGAGCUUCUACGAGGACGUGACUGUGCCGUCUCCACCGUGUAAGAAGCGUAAGCUGGAGAAGGCCCGUAGGCCCCUCACCUUUACUGUGCAGGGGCCCACGGCAGCAGAGCUGCACGCCCAGGCCGCCAGCAUCGGCCGCGCACCAGCUACCCCAGCAGAGAGCGUCGCCGCCUGGCUGGAGAAGAUUCUCACAGAUCUGAAGGUGUUGCACAAGCGUGUACCCUCCGGCGACUCGGAGCUGAGCCUCUUGCUGACGGCCGUGGAGAACACCUGGGUCCACGUCCGGCAGAAGCGCCGCGAGCAGGGACGCCAGCUCCGCGAGCUGCCCCGAGCCCAGCCCCUCCCAGGGGGCAGCCCACAGCCUGGAUCAGCGCUCGCCCCCGCCUCCACUAGCACCGAUGACGGCUCAGCCCAGGCUGCAGCAGACGACGCCCCCGAGCCCCACGGUGACGGGAAAAAACCAGAUAGGCCGCAGGAGCCUGAGAGGGGUGCACGCGACUGUACGGAGUCCCCGAGCACUGCCACGCCCAGUGCCCAUGUGCGAGGGGCCAGCAGCCCCAAGGUCUCCCUCGGCCCCUGUCUGGCCCCUUGCUUUCUCUUCAAGUGCCUGCUGAACGUGACGUUGGAGGAGAGCAACGUGGUGGUGGAGAUGCACUGGGUGGAGGGCCAGAACAAAGACCUGAUGAACCAGCUGUGCACAUGCCUAAAGAACUUCCUCUUACGCCAGGUAGCCCAGCCCAUAUGAGCAUGACCCUGCUUGUUGACGUCUCCUCCAGGCUCCGCCUCCCACGGCCAAUGCUCCGCCUCCCACGCAGUGCUGUCCCAUAAUGAUUCGUGAGCCACACUCGAGCCAUUUGACUUCUUGUAAGUCUACCGGUGUGUUUGUAAUGAGUGUUUAGUUUACUGAGUAUAUUUGUUGGCUUUAAUACAUUUGGAAUAAAUAUUUUAAUUACAUUUUUCA